AUGAACCUGUGUGACUACAUGGGUCGCAGCCCAUGGAACCAGUCUUGCACCAACUCCUCCUUCAUUUUUCACGGACAGCCUGACUUGGGAUUUACACCCUACCUCAAACUAUGGGAACACAACCGCUGCGAGUUCCAGCACAUCGGGCUCCCUCCGCGCGCACCCACAGCCAUCCGCCGCCCCUCGGGCCAGGCACGGGCAAGCGUCUCCCGGAUCCGGAUUUGGGGAGCGCAAGUGCCCCCUGUGGCCGGCCCGCGCCUGACCCCGCGGGCCUAA